AUGGCUUUUCCCAAAUCUUUCGACAGCCAAAACUCUGAUUUAAGAAUCAAUGUUAUGGUCGUGGACGAUGAUCCUGUUUUCCUAGGAGUUAUGUCACGCAUGCUUGAAAAUUCCAAAUAUAGAGAUCCGUUGAUGGAGAUUACAGUUAUAGCUGUAAAAGACCCGAUCGAAGCAUUGUCUACUCUUAAAACCCAAAGAUACGAUAUCGAUCUUAUAGUCACAGAUUAUUACAUGCCUCACAUGAACGGUCUACAACUCAAAAAGCAAAUCACUCGAGAAUUUGGUUAUAUACCGGUUAUAGUUAUGUCAUCGGACAGCAACAUAGAACAUGAGAGUUUAGCUUGUGGAGCGAAGUGUUUUCUUCCAAAACCCAUCAGACCAACUGACAUACCCCAGAUCUACCAAGUUGCUUUAACUCAUAAGAGGAAUAAUAAGUCCAUAUUAUGGACCGAGCACAACCACAGGGACACAGAUGUUAGCAUCCCUCAGCAAAUACAGUUACUUACUGAACAAGCUAGUGUCUUGAAGACCAAUAAGAAGAGGUUCUCACCUAGAUCGGAUUCAAGACCCGUGAACAGUUCAAAUGGAGGUUAUGUUAGUACAGACAGUUCAGGAAAACACCAAAAAAGAAAAUCAAACGAUGGUGCUAGUGAUGAUUGGCGCCCCUUGAAGAAGCCUAAGAUAAAGUGGACGGACUGUCUUCAUGACCUUUUCUUACAAGCUAUCCGACAUAUCGGUCUUGACAAGGCUGUGCCAAAGAAAAUCUUAGAGUUCAUGAACCUACAAUACUUGACAAGAGAGAACAUAGCCAGCCAUUUACAGAAAUAUCGAAUAUUCUUAAGGAAAGUCGCCGAACAAAGUUUUUCAUGUUCAAGAAUGUUGCCGACUAGAGGCAUAGAUUCGAUAUUUCUACAAGCUCACCUCAGAGAUCAGCACUACAACAACUACACACCAUCUUCUUGGUACGAGACAAGUAUUAACAAUAGAUCAUUCUAUUCCAAACCCAUACAAGGUUAUGGACAGUCUAGACUCAUAUCCAACACAGCUGAGCCCGUACGCUUCAACCAGAUGCCUUACAACUAUAUGAACCGGUCAUCCACCUAUGAGCCACGAGGUAUUGGAUCAAACUUGACCCUGCCCACUAAAAGCAACCUCAGUUUGCCAAUCCAACCAUCUCCAAACGAUGGAAGAAGAAGCCUUUUCGAACCAACCGUGAUGGCUAACAAAACCGGCCAGACAUCUCAAGUUAUGGGGUUUGGACAACAUGGACUGUCAGCUAUUAAUGGUAAUAGUUUCCACAAUAAAAUGAUGAGCAGCUAUAGAAGUUUAGUUCCUAAUCAACCAGGACCUAGCAACUUCUCGUGUGGGAUGCAAUUCUUCUUAAACAACGAGAACACUACAUAUAAGCCUCAGCCACAUGACAAUGCAACUACACAGCCAAAUCUUGAAAUUCCUCAACUGGAGAAUCUCAGCUUGUGUGAUUACCUCGACAGUACUGAUGAGCUUCCUUGUGAUAUAAAUAACAUCCUGAUCGACCACAACAAGCAGCAACAAGAAGAAGCUGUUUAUACCAACAAAUUUAAGCUCCCUGCAAAUUUUGAGAAUGAACUGGAUCAGAUUUUAUCUCUCGAAGAAAAUGGUGACGGGAUCUUUGUGAACAUAAAUCAGGGACAUUCUGGUGGAGAAACAUCAAACAUUGUUGCUGCUCCGCAGACGAACUCUCCAAUUUUCAACAUGAACCCUAAUCAUGAGCAGGAACAAGAUGUUCCAGAUUUUGUCGAUUGGUCGUCACUGGAUCCGAAGGAUUUUGCUAAUGAGUACGAUUUCAUAGACUCGCUGUUAAGCAAUGAUAUGAAUUAG